CGUGAUUCUAAAAGUUGUCAUGGGAAAGAAGGUUGAAAAAAGCUUAUCAAAGGAAAAGCAUUCACAUUUACCCCAAGCCGAAGAAACUGACACAGUCAGAUCUGGAGAGCCACACAGAUGCAGUGGAAACUUUCAGCUCGACUUCAGUAUGAUAUGUAAGCAUAUGCAGAUUUCCUAUAUUCCGGCUGUUAUAGUUCGUCCCAAAGUGCCGCCCCUUGUGCCGCCAGUACCAAGCAGUGAAAUGAAGUUUGAAAAGAAGGGAGACAAGAAGCAUCAAUUACCCAGCUCUGAGGCUGAACCGGAAAUAGACCUAAAUGAAGGGGGAGUUUCCCUCGAAGGGCCACCAAAAACUUACAUCACACAAGAUAAGUUCCAGUAUUUUAAGCCGAACAUUCAAGUGGAGCUUGACAACAUUGAACGCUGGGAAACAGUCACCGAAAUCUACAUUAGAGGCUGGAAGAUUGAUGAGCCCAUGAUGGGAGUGUUCCAGCUGUGCUGGCCUGCCAUUCAUAGACUUCACACCAUCAACCUCUGGAACACAGGCCUGACAGGGGAAACUGUGCAUAUGCUGGCAUCAUUUCUGCCUCAGUGUUUGCAUUUGAAGCAUGUUUUUCUGGAUGGUAAUUCAGUGAAAGAGGAAAACUGGUGUGAACUGCUUCAGGAAAACAGCCUAAUUCAAAACUUGUCCCUGAGACACUGUCGGAUCACUGACCAUGGGGCAGCAAAAAUUGGAACUGCUUUGGGAACUGAGACAUCUACAAACAGAAAACUGUUGUCACUGAAUCUAUCUGGCAAUUUGAUUACUGAUGACGGGGCAGAGCAUCUGGCCAAGGGUCUGAGAAUGAAUCGCACACUUUUGUCUCUGACAUUGACAAGUAACAGUAUUGGAGACCAGGGAGCAGUCAGGAUUGCCGAGACCCUGUCCAGAUUUCCGUUGACUCAUGAAGAAGUGGUAGCCAGAAGAAUGCUCCUCUCAGAGAAGGCACAGAUGGAAGUGAAAUCACCGAAUCCCAGCAGACGAUCUGAGUCUAAAGACAGGCCUAGCAGUGUCAGCAGAAGUGCCACACAACUAGACAAGUCUAAGCAAAAACCUCCGCCAAAGAAAAAA